GAGAGAGAGAGAGCGCCAUAGAAAAGAGGGAGAGAGGAAUUCACUCCUGUUUAAAUGGAAAUCUAGAGCGCAGAGAGGAAAAAGAACGCAGACAGAGAAACCAAGAAAGAGAGCAGAUCAACAAAAAAAUAAAAAAGUGGAGACAGAUUUAUUUUACGCACGGGGAAAAAAAAACAGCAAACGAGUAGAAGAAAGAAAAGGAGGGAAAAAAAGGCAUCAGAUUUGUUUUCCUCUAAAUGUGGCUUUUUUUACUCUCACGAUUCAAAGAGGAUUCCAGUUGAAUUGAGCCGCUCGGGAGGGAUUGAUGGUGUCUUUUCGGGGAAGCAGAGCCGAGGGGAGGAAUCUGAAUGCGCUCGGCUGAACCAUGCCAGCCCUGUGGAUCAUAACUUUGGCCAUCACUUUUAACCAAGUGUGGUGCAUUCGCUUCUCUCAGGAGCCGGCGGACCAGUCGGUGGUACUAGGAGAACGGGUGGUGUUGUCCUGCGUGGUCUUCAACUACAGCGGCAUCGUCCAGUGGACCAAGGACGGCCUGGCCCUCGGCGUCGGGGAGGGUCUCCGAGCCUGGCCUAGGUACCGUGUGCUGCGGGCUCUGGACAUCGGCCAGUACAACUUGGAGAUCUCCAACGCGGAGCUGUCUGAUGACUCUCUGUACGAGUGUCAGGCCACAGAGGCUGCCCUGCGCUCCAGGAGGGCCAAACUCAACGUACUCAUCCCCCCUGAGGACCCGGUGGUGGAUGGAUCCCCGGAGCUCCUGCUGAUGGCCGGGACGCCAUUCAACCUGACCUGUGUGACCCGUGGGGCCAAGCCUGCAGCACACAUCCAGUGGACCAAGGAUGGAGUCCCUGUGGAGGGGGCCUACCAGUCAACGGAAGUGCUACCAGACAGGAAGAGGGUGACGACCAGGAGCUACUUGCACAUCAUACCGGUCGACAAAGACAGCAGCUCGAAUUUCACCUGUGUGGCCAGCAACCCGGCGGUGCCGAUGGGCAAACGAGCCACUGUUACCCUCAACGUGCACCACCCUCCUACAGUGACCCUGUCCAUUGAGCCUCGCUCCGUCCUGGAGGGCGAGAGAGUCACCUUUACCUGCCAGGCAACUGGCAACCCUCCCAUCAUCGGCUUCAGGUGGGCCAAAGGGGGCGUGCUGCUGGAGGGGGCCAGGGAAAGUGUGUUCGUCACCACGGCAGAUCACUCCUUCUUCACCGAGCCCGUGUCCUGUCUGGUUUUCAACGUCGUGGGAAGCACCAACGUCAGCAUCCUGGUGGACGUGCACUUUGGCCCGAUACUGAUAGUGGAGCCCAGGCCAGUUACUGUAGAUGUGGACUCUGAUGUCACUCUGAACUGCAAGUGGUCUGGAAACCCCCCGCUCACCCUCACCUGGACCAAGAAGGGCUCCAACAUGGUGCUCAGCAACAACAACCAGCUGUAUCUGAAGUCCGUGAGCCAGGCCGAUGCAGGCCAGUAUGUCUGCAAGGCCAUUGUGCCGCGGAUUGGCGUGGGAGAGACUGAGGUCACACUCACUGUCAACGGCCCCCCCAUCAUCUCCAGUGAUCCAGUCCAGUACGCUGUCAGAGGGCAGAGAGGAGAGAUCAAGUGUUACAUCGCAAGCACCCCCCCACCUGAUAAGAUUGUUUGGGCGUGGAAGGAGAACGUGUGGGAGAAGGAGAAGGGCACUCUGAUGGAGAGGUACACUGUGGAGCAGAGUAAGCCUCCAUCCCAGGGCGGAGCCGUCCUCUCCACCCUCACCAUCAACAACGUGAUGGAGUCUGACUUCCACUCGCCCUACAACUGCACCGCCUGGAACUCCUUCGGACCCGGCACCAUGAUCAUCACUCUGGAGGAGAGGGAUACUGUUCCAGUGGGAAUUAUCGCCGGUGGUACGGUGGGCUCCUCCAUUCUGCUGCUUUUGUUUCUAAUGGCGCUGGCCUUCCUCUUCUACCGCCAACGCAAAGGCAGUCGCCGGGGUGUCACACUCGGUAAGCCAGACAUCAAGGUAGAGACGGUCAACAAAGAGACCCACAGCCUGGAGGAGGAGGCGGCCGACGUCUCCACGGCAACCCGGAUGGUCAAAGCCAUGUACUCCUUUCUGCCCUCUGUUUCCCUCUCUCCCUCCACUCAGCCGUUCAAAGACGACAUGGACCUGAAGCAGGACAUCAGGAGCGAGGGCGACACCAGGGAGGAGUACGAGCUCAAGGAUCCAACCAACGGUUACUACAACGUCCGAGCAACCACCCAUGACGACGUGCGCCCCCAGUCCCGUGCCAUCCACUACCAGGGCGAGUUCCGCUCCCCGAAUCCAAACAGCAUGCCAGCUGGGGCGUCUUCCAGCGGAGCCCCAGCUGGCGCCAGCGGUGCCGUUCCCCCCAGUGCAGUGCCAGGCUCAAGGGCAGGCUGCUACGACCCGCGCCCACCUUCCAGGAUGUCCCAUGCCACCUACGCCCAGUUCAAUACCUUCACCAGGGUGGCGCAGAGCCAGCAAGCACCUCCCAAUCCAGCUCUUCAAUCUCCUGGAGAUUACCCCGGAGACUGCGGCCUGCUGGACAGCACCACCCAGCUGACCUAUGACAACUACGGAUACCCCUCCCAGUAUCCCAGCUACCGCAUGGGCUUUGCUCCACCCAUAGAGGAAGGGCCAUCCUAUGAGAUGUAUCCAACAGGACAAGGACCAGGGCCAGGGCCGGGGCCAGGGCCGGGGCCAGGGCCGGGGCCAGGGACGGGGCCGGGGCCUGGGCCAGGGCCAGGGAUGGGGCCAGGACAACAAAGUCCUGAAACAGGACUAGGGCAAUAUGGAACCUCCACCCGCUUCUCUUAUUCAUCUCCCCCCUCUGACUAUUCCCAAAGACACACGCAGCGGAUGCAGACUCAUGUUUGAGAAAAUUCACACACUUUGACUUGCUUUUUAACAGCAGCAGUACUUAUCACACAUUAAACAAAAACAUAGAUGUAAAAAAAGAAAAUACAUAAACAUUCAAGAAUCCAUGUUCUGUUUCCGUAGCAUCCAGUGCAUGGAAUUUGGUUCAUUUUCUGAACCAGUGAAACACCACAGCAACAACUCACAGCAGUUAGCAGCAUCAUGUAUAAUACAGUUAGCAGCAAUACACACGUACAUAAAACACACAUUUGCGCAGACCUUCUGUUGCGUGCAGUUUUUAUGCUCCAACAAAAGCAACAGCGAGAGCCACAAUCAAGACAAAAGAGACAACAAAAAAAGAAGAGCACUUUGAAGACGAGAAGAAGAAAAACACCAGAAGCUAAAGGAGGAGCUGCAGAGGAACACAGUCGUCACCCUGCUCUGUGAUCAUCUCCCUGCAUCGCAUCUUCCUCCCACCCCAUCUCUGUAAAUAAGUGCAAAUGGAGAUUUGGGUCAUUUUAAAGUUAUUUCCUUGUACAAACCUAUACAGUGUGAUGCAGUACAGUGACCUACAGCAAACCUCCCUGCAAUCCACUCCCUGUUUGCAUUUUCGGACUCUCACAUAAUGCAAAAAACACACAAACACACAGAUCUUUAAAUACUUGUUUGUUUCGAUGUAUUGCAGCAACGGGGCAGCUUGGACUAUAUAUAUUUGGCACUUUUUCAUCCCUUUUCCUCACUCAAACUUGCCCAGUGGCCAUUUCUUUACAAGAUCUACAUUGAUUUAAGUGGGACAGUUAGUGACCAGAGUGCCAAUGCUUUUGUGCCAACACACACAAACUAUUACUGUAAGGUGGGUCUUUUUUUGCAAAGAUUGGACAAUAAGAUGGUCUGGACAAUAAGGUUGAGUACGUGCCACAUCUUAGAGGAAAGGAAAGGAGUGGUAGCAAGUGUCUCUGUAUGCUCAAUCUUCUCCUCAUCAGUCAUUUUUAAUCAUCAUGAUGCAUUUCUAUUCUUAACAUUUCACUUGAGGUCAAUGCUGUGUACAGUAUUUGUGAAACGAGGUGUGGCAGGAGCGCUUUUUUCAUUCAAUGAAUUUCUGCAAUUUGUACAAAAAGAUACCUCCCCUACCCUCAAGUGUCAAAAAUUAAUUGUUUCUCUCACUUGCACAGUAGACUAGUUUUUCUUUUCCAUAUUUAUACCGAAACGUAUGAACAAAAAAAAAAUGGCAUUCAGAAACAUUUUAUAAUAUUUUUAUAAGGAGUUGUGGACCAAAGGUUCAGCGUUUUGGGAGAAACUCACUUUUUAAUGUGUAUGUGGCGAAGUGAACGUUAUUGGAAACGUUUUGAGUUUCUUUAAGAAGCAACGGAUGGUGUUUUUAAAGUGGAUGUUGUAGACUGUUGUAGAACAUUCGAAGAGCUUCAUUCCAAAAUGAUAAAUAUCCAGCGAGGGCAAAUCA